UCUAUUAAUAGGCUGCGAGUGACGAGUGAGUGAGUGGAACUCUGAGGAGAGGAGAGGCGCCACGCCCGGCACCCGUGCUUACAAUUCAAGAGCCGCUCGAUGGACCGAAAUAGGUUUUUCCUACGCCGAAUCUUCCUCCACUUUGAGACCAACGACAAACACUGAAAACGCACGACCGAAUCUCCCGGCCGGACGAGAGCGAGUUAAACGACAUGACCAUUGCGUGUGGAGGUUAAUCAAUCGCGGCCUCCGAGAUGAGCAUUGCCCGCCGCGCUGCUCUUUCUAUCUUUUUCCCUGAGGAAAUUUUCUUUCGAUCUGAACUGGCAAAUAUUCGUCGCUUUCGUCAUACAACGAUGAGCAGAACCAGAAGAGUGGAAAAAACUGCCAUUCAAAAGCCGCUGUGCCGUCUGUGCGAGUGUCCGACGUCGGACGGCCAUGUCCUCGCGUGGCAGGUGGACAGGCUCAAGCUGAGGAAAUGGGCCAUGAAGGUCAUGAACCUGACGGAAGAAGACGAAAACUUGCCGGAGGUGGUCGAAGAAGACGCUUUGAUCUGCUAUUUUUGCAUCUGGCAUGCCGAGUUUGGGGAUGAGUCUGGAGACGAGGCUGUGGCUUGGUGGCCGAAAAACCUUGAUUUGGAAGAAAACGCUAGGGUGCUGCGGGAGAAUUACUCAGUUGGAGAAGUAGACCAGUGUUGGGUGCAGUUGGAAGAGGUUGAUCUGGCCAAAUACGAGAAGAAAAUUCCAUUGGAAAGCAAAGAAGGCCAAGGAUUGUGUUUAUACUGCGGCAACAGUUUCAACCAUCUGUUAGAUCACGUCCGAGUGUAUCACAAAGAAGCCAUCAAAUGUGGAUAUUGGGGCUGCACCACAUUCUUUCACACCGAGGUGGAAAAAGAGCAGCACAUGGAUUUUCACAAGAAACCGAACGAACCAUGCGAAAGCAGGAAAAUUCGUUGUAAAUAUUGUGAAAAUGUUAAUAUUUUUUCCUCUUUCCCGACGUGGAGGAAGCACAUGAAACGCAAUCAUCCAGAACUUCCGGUGGCGUGCACGCGUUACGGUUGCAAGGAGUACUUCAAAUCCAAGUCUGAAAUGAUUCUCCACUUAAACUCGUUUCACAAUCGAGCCGUAAAUCAAGAUGUUUACCAAUGCAAGCAUUGCGAGUAUUUCACCACAUUGAAGCACUUGUUGAAACGACACGAAGAGGCGAAGCACAUGCCAAAGACCUUCAAAUGCGACCGUUGCGACACCAAAUUCGGCUCGAAAUGGCAAGUGGAAAGGCACUACAAAGAUUGGCACAUUUUCGACAAGUGCAAAUCUUGUGGCCAGGACGUUUCUCUUGGGUACAAGGCAGACCACGGAAGGCCAUUGGUUUGCUCCAGAUGCAAACGCAGUUUCGAGUGCUCGGGUUUGUAUCAAUCACAUAGGAAGAGCUACCGAGGAACCAACUUUCGAUGCGGAGAAUUCAAACGCCACGUGCAACAAGAUGAUUCCAAAACUAGGAUUUUUCGGUGCGACCAUUGCGACUUUUCGACAUUUGAGAAGGGAGAACUUUCGCGGCACAUGCAACGCAAACAUUUUCCAAAGACGAUUAAGUGUGAUGAGUGCGACAAUUUUUUUUCCGCUAAUUAUCUUCUCAAGUAUCACAAGCGCAGGUCGCACGAAUACGUUCGUUGCGCAGAUUGUGUUCAGGAGAUGCUCCGUCAAAAAAUUUACAAACACCAGCUUGUCAAGACUUGCCGGCGCUGCGGACGCAAGUUCAAGUGCUCAGGACUUUUUCAAAAACAUUGUUUGAAGAGCUGUCAGAAUAGAGAUUUUUCUUGUAACAGUGCCAGAUAAUUUACAGCCGGAAGUGUCGCCUGAAUUCAUUUAUUCGCUUGUGAAUAAAUUGUUUUAAAAUAAAUUGCGAAAAUUCUUGC